CAAAACCAAGCCAAGAUUGAGUUUUUUUUUUCCUUCCUUUUUUUUGCAUGGAGAAGAUAUCAACGGGAAAAACUAUAACAAGGAGAGCGAAAUGGAAAUACCCACCGGCGCAGCCAACUCCGAGAAUCAUCCAUUUUCCACCCCGGCCUCGAAGGAAACCACUCAAGGCGAGUCCUUCGAAACCACCUGGUUCGCAGAAGGAGAGAAAAGGGAUGAUGUUGGAGAGUUUGUUUGAUCAAGAAAGGUCUUUUACGAGAGGGGCUGUUCCGGUGAGUCCGAGGGAGAGUGACGACGAGAGGAGAAGAGGGAGAGUGGCGGACGAGGAGAAGCGAGAAAAUAGCAGCAGCGUAGCCUUUGUUGAAGAAGAGAAAUGGAGGUUCCAAGCUGAGAUGUUGAGAGCCGAGUGUAACUUGUUGAGGAUGGAAAGAAAGAUCGCCGUUAAGAAAACCGAGAGAAGGAGAGUUCACAUGGAGAGGACUUUGAAAUACGCUGCUCAAAUUCUACUUUCCGGAAGAAAGAACAUUUGUGAAGGAAAGGACGUAAACGUGGUAUUAUUGGAGCAGCAGAUCAAUGGAUUAAUGGAGAAAAUAGAGAAACUGCAGAAGAGAUCAGGUGUUAAAGACUUGGAGGUGGAAAAAUGCAGUAACUUUGAUCAAAAAGUUUCUUCUCUCCAGAGGCAGAUUGAGAAGUUCGGAUUUAAAGGAACAUCUGAUGAAGAAAUACGCGUGAAAGAGAUUCGAGAUAUGACCGACGCGAGCUUGUCGAUCGGAAUCAGCAGCGAAGGGGAUGAUCAUAACCGCAACGAGAAAAUGCCCCACCAGACUAGUGUGUGUUCAGGGCAAUGCAAGGCCAUUGUGCAUAGGAUUGUAGAGCAAAUUCGUGCCGAGACAGAACAAUGGUCCCAGAUGCAGGACAUGCUGAGGCUGGUAAGGGACGAGAUGGAUGAAUUGCAUGCCUCUCGCGAUUUCUGGGAAGAUCGAGCAUUCGAUUCCAACUAUCGGAUUCAAUCCCUGCAAUCUGCUGUGAAAGAAUGGAGGCAGAGAGCUCUCUCAUCCGAAGCAAAGGCGAACGAGUUACAGGCACAAAUAUAUGUCCUUCGUCAAGAGGUCGAGAGAUUGAUACGGGAAAGAGAUAGAAAAGUAGUAAGGGCUCGAAUUACUUCACCGAUCUAUAAAGAAAAACAAAAUGAAACAGAGAAGUGGGUACUCGUGUGUCGCUUAAAGGAAGACGAAAGACGAAAACCCCAAACAUGCACAGCCGGACUUCUCCCAAUCAGACGUUCACCCCUCAGAGAAAUCGGUAACAAUGCAACCUUGAAGAAACAGCAGCAGCAGCAACCCCUGCAGCAUGGUGAAACAAUCUUGCCAUUGUUUAGCCUUCAUAAAGAGGAAAUGAAACGCUCAUUGUAGACGAACUGAAUCAAGAUCUAUGAUCCUAUAUAUCAAACAGUUGGUUCACAAUUAUGUAACGCUCACAGU